CAGAGCAGUUCUCUUCAAUUUCCACUUUGUCUCUAAUUUAACGCCUACUAAUUGAGCUAUCUAACCAACGUGGGUGCGGUUUACCACACUAUUUAGUGAUAUUGAUGUUCCAUCUUCUCCUCACUCAAAGAGCUGCUAAACGACUGCUUCUGCCUCUCUACACAAGCUCUAGGAUGUCUGCUACACAAGGUGGUGCUAGUGCUAGUGGGCAAGAGGUUCUCAAGGUCUACAAUAGCCUCACUCGUAGGAAGGAGGAGUUUGUUCCAUUGUCUGGUCGUCGUGUCACGUGGUACAGUUGUGGACCUACUGUUUAUGAUGCUUCUCACAUGGGCCAUGCCAGGUCUUACAUAACCUUUGAUAUCUUAAGAAGAGUCAUCUCCAACUAUUUCAACUACGAUGUAUUCUAUGUCAUGAAUAUUACCGACGUGGAUGAUAAGAUCAUACGAAGAGGUCGCCGCAAUCAUCUCUUGGCACAAUACACACCGUCAUCUCUUGAGUCGCUGCGUGAUGACCUCACUCAAGCUUUGGCUGCCUAUAGCCUCAAAGUGGAUACUGAGACUGAUCCUGAUAAGAAGAAGAUGUUAUCCAACACUCUGGAAGCAGCCAGUGCGUGUCUAGUGGAGACUGACCAAGAGAAGAUAUUGACGCUGGCCAAAGACCCACUAUCUGAUUGGCUGGAUACUAAGUAUGGUGCAGGGAUCACUGAUCACGGCAUAUUCUCCACACUCAGUCGUCACUGGGAGGAGGGAUUUCAUGCUGACAUGGCACAACUAAAUGUGCUUCCCCCUGAUGUGCUAACGAGAGUGAGUGAGUACGUCCCUGAAGUGAUCACAUAUGUACACAAGAUUAUCACCAACGGCUUUGCUUACGAAUCCAAUGGUUCUGUGUACUUUGAUGUGGCUAAGUUCAGUAGUUCUCCUGAUCAUCGUUAUGCCAAGUUAGUCCCUGAAGCAGUUGGAGACUUGCGGGCCAUUGCAGAGGGAGAAGGUGUGCUAAGUGUGGACAAAGGAUCUGAGAAACACUCACGAAAUGAUUUUGCCCUUUGGAAGGCAAGCAAAUCAGGAGAGCCUAGUUGGGAGAGUCCGUGGGGUCCUGGGAGACCAGGCUGGCAUAUUGAGUGCUCUGUCAUGGCUUGUGCUAUCCUUGGAGAGGUGGCGGAUAUCCACACUGGAGGAGUGGAUCUCAAGUUUCCUCACCACGACAACGAGAUAGCUCAAGCUGAGGCUUGUUAUGGCAGCGAUAGUUGGAUGACCUAUUUCCUUCACUCUGGACAUCUUACUAUUGAGGGCUGUAAAAUGAGCAAGUCUCUCAAGAACUUCAUUACUAUACAAGAAGCGCUGAGUAUGUACAGUGCCAGUCAACUCAGACUAGCCUUCUUACUCCACUCAUGGAGUGCUACACUCGACUAUAGUCAGGGAACUAUGAGAGAGGCCAUGGCUUGGGAGAAACUAUUCAAUGAGUUCUUCCUAAAGGUCAAGGACGCUGUACGGAGGUUGCCAUGCCAACAAGGAGUGGAGAGCUACUCAAAGUUUGGAGAGCGAGAAUUGAUACUCAACAGAAAAUUUCAGGACACCAAAACUUCCGUUCAUGCUGCACUUUGUGACUCUAUUGAUACUGUGUGUGCAAUGAGGGAACUGCGGCAACUUGUGUCAGCCUCCAACAUUUACUGCUCUCAGGGAAAUCCCCCUCCCAAUGUGCGACUCCUGCACACAGUGGCUACUUAUAUCACUGAUAUGCUCAAACUAUUUGGAGUCAUUUCCGAAGAUUCUGAUAUCGGUUUUCCACUGGAUAGCCAAUCAGCUUCAAGCUCACAGGAAUUAGAACCACUUGUUUCACUGCUGGCAAAUUUCCGAGAAAAAGUUCGAAAUGUUGCUCUCCAGGAAAAGAAGAGUGACCUGCUGAAACUCUGUGACAGUGUUCGUGAUGUAGAGCUACCUGAAUUAGGAGUGAUUCUAGAGGAUAAAGAAGGACAUACGGUGGUCAAAGUUGUGGGCAAAGAGGCUGCUUUACGUGAGAGAGAGGCUUUACUCGAGGCUCAAGCUGACAAGAUUAGAAUUAAAGCUCAACAGAAAGCCAAACAGGAGGCUGCUAAAGCUGCUCGUGAUGCAGUCGCUGCUGUAGCUCCUGAGGACAUGUUCCUGUCCAUGACUGACAAGUACAGCAUGUAUGAUGAUCAAGGAGUCCCCACUCAUGACACUAAUGGCACACCAUUGUCUGACUCUCAGAGAAAGAAGCUCAAGAAGCAAUGGCAGACACAAGACAAGAAGUACAAAGACUAUAUAGCCAAGAAAUAACAGAAUUAUGUACAUACCAAUUUUCCUCCAAUAUAACGUUAAACAAA